UGAGUGAAGGAGCAAGAUGAUCUGUUUUCACGUUCUGCUGCUCUGCUGCUGGUUUUCAGCCGCAGCAGACUUCAGUGGGAUUUCACAGCCUGUGUCUGUCCGAUCUGUGGGGCUCGGAGACUCUGUCACCAUCCAGUGUUACGUUGAGGGAAACCUGAACAGAGUGUGGUACAGACUGACACCAGCCCAGGCGCUGCAGUUCGUGGCCUCUUUCAGUUCCAGAUUUUCUCACAUGGAAAUGUCUGACGACAUCAAGCGUCGAUAUUCAGUUGAAGCUGUUGGGACCAAGUAUGAUCUGAAGAUAUCACCAACCACCUGGACAGAUGUGGGAACUUACUACUGUGGUGUGAUACAGUUAGAUCUUAUCCAUUUUGGAGGAGGAACAUCUCUGAUGCUGAAAGGUGCAAACAUGUCCAGUCACUCUGUGGUGCAGCGUCCUCCGUCUCUGUUGGUGAAGCCGGGAGACUCUGUGACUCUUGAGUGUUCAGUUCUUCACACGGACCUCUGUUCACCAGAACACACCAGCGUCAUGUGGCUGAAAACUCCAAAGAAACCUCCUGCAGAGAUUGUUCACAGGUCUGGGAGAGAUGAGAGUCACUGCACAAAUGAGGCAUGUCUGUACAAGUUCCUCCUGAAGAACCUGAGCUCUGAAGAUGCUGGAACCUUCUACUGUGUAGCUGCUGCAUGUGGACAAGUUCUGCUGGGCGACGGGACUGUGCUGAACAUCACCAACAAUUUCAACAGAUCUGGCUUCUCUUUCUUCGUCAUCACGACCCUGAUCAUGUUCCUCACCCCUUUGUAUCUCAUCAUCAUAAUGUGUCAAGACCGUUUUUCACGCCACACAGAUUCAAAGCAAGACGCAACCUGGAGCCGGUGUGUCUACUACAGGAAGUAACUUCAGCUCACACGCGCUCAUGCACACCCACACACCCAGGUUUCUACUUCUAUCUUAGUGAGGACACCCAUUAGCUUUCCCCAGCCUCGAACCUAAACCUAACCAUCCAAAACAAACGCCAAACCUCAACCA